CAUGAAAGCGAUGUUCCAUCAAGCAUCUAUGUGGAUAAAAGCAAGUUUGAUGGAGACAACGAUGACCCGUUUGAAAUGCAUCAUUUUCAUCUAAGUACUAUACAAGAUGCCACGAAUGGUUUCUCACUUGAAAAUAAGCUAGGAGAAGGUGGUUUUGGCCCUGUCUACCUGGGGAAAUUGGUCGAUGGAAGGGAAAUAGCUGUGAAACGGCUUUCCAAGAAUUCGAGCCAAGGACUAGAAGAGUUCAUGACAGAAGUAAGAUUGAUCAUAAAAUUACAACACAAGAAUCUGGUGAAGCUUUUAGGUUGCUGUAUAAAAGGCGACGAAAGGCUUCUAGUUUAUGAAUACAUGGUUAACACAAGCCUAGACUCAUUCCUAUUCGAUCCAAAUAAGGCUAAAGAAUUAAAUUGGAUUAAGCGUGAGAAGAUAAUAUGUGGUGUAGCAAAAGGACUUAGGUAUCUUCAUGAGGACUCACGUUUAAAGAUCAUCCAUAGAGACUUGAAAACGAGCAAUAUUCUUCUAGAUGACGCCAUGGAUCCAAAGAUAUCAGAUUUUGGCACUGCUAGAAUUUUUGGGACAAAUCAAAUUGAAGCCAAGACUAACAUAGUUGUUGGAACAUACGGAUACAUGGCACCCGAAUACGCAAUGGAAGGAUUAUUCUCAACAAAGUCCGAUGUCUAUAGCUUUGGUGUUUUGCUCCUAGAAAUCAUUCAUGGAAGAAGAAACAAUGGAUUCUACUUCCAAGAGCAUGAUGAAACUCUUCUCUCAUAUGCAUGGAGGACGUGGAAGGAGGGUAGAGGAGAGGAACUGAUAGACAAAAUCUUGAUAAAAAAUUGUGCGUUAAACAAGACUUUGAGAUUGAUACAUAUCGCGUUGCUAUGUGUUCAAGAAGAUCCUAAAGAUCGGCCUAACAUGUCGUCAGUCGUUUUCAUGCUUGAGGGUCAAUGGUCAACCCUCCCAGAACCAUCAGAACCUCCGCUUUCUUUUACUAAAAUUGUUACUUUUGACCAAGUUUCAGCGACAGAUACUAGAACAUUAACAACUUCCUCGUUUUCACAACCUCUAGAAGCGUAG